AUGGGCGACGAACUUGAACGAUUGCAGGCCCUGCUGUUGGAGAAGCCGUGGUUUGGGUUUGAUCUGGACGACACUCUGCAUGAGUUUCGCCGUGCUUCGAGUGCGGCGGUCGAGGCGGUGCUGAGAGCAAUCUCGGAUCAGACCGGCGCUGAUCUCGCGCUGCUGAAAGAGACGCAUUCUCAGGUGCUCAAGGAGAAGACGGCCAAUGCAUUCUCCGAUGGCAAGACAUCGUUUGAUUAUCGCAGGGAACGAUUCACGGCUGUGCUCUCACGCCUCUCUCUGCCGUCCGAUGACGAGACGUUCCUCACUCAUCUGCUCCAGGUAUACGAGACGACGUUGACCAGGUCAUUUGAGCUCAAGGCGGGUGCCCUCCAGCUGUUUGAGACGCUGAAAAGGUUGGGCAAGAAGAUUGUGGUCAUCACCGAAGGGCCGCAGGACGCGCAGGAGCGCACGGUCGAGGCACUGGGACUGGCCAGGCACAUUGACUUCCUGGCCACGACGAACCGCUUCCGGGCCAGCAAGACGGACGGGAUGUUUGGCAAGGUGCUGGAGCAUCUGGGCAUCUCGCCGGGGGAUAUGGUCUUCGUCGGGGACAAUGAGGAGCGAGAUGUGCGGAUGGCCACGGCGGCGGGUAUCUUCUCCAUCCAUUAUGCCGAGGCGCUGGAUGUUUCUCUUACGGUGGAUGGGCCGCGGAUUAACAGUCUGCGGGAGCUGCAGUAUCUGCUGGAGGGUGCUGGUGAUACGGAGUGA